UUAAAGAUACAUUAUCUUUAAUCGCCAAUCGUGGUUUCGUACUUGUGUAAUGUACUAAUGUGUCUUGGUAAUCGACAUAUUGUAUAGUUAGUUAGAACUGUUGUUAGACAAGAGGAAUAACACUGUAUUCUGUAGGUAUUCUACACGGAGAUAGUUCUAUUAUAGUUUUCCGCAAUUUCCUAGUCGUCGCUAUAGUUGUUUUGUCGAUAAUUUCUCGAUAUUAUAGCUAUUGACGAAUGAUUAUUGAUAAUUACAAAUUGGUUAGCAUCCAUCAAAUCACACACGUCUUUUAUGUAUCAAUUCUCUUCCACGCGUCCCGUUUUAUGAUUUAAGAUAUAAAUGAUAAAUUGCGUUUUAGAACUUUUCGCUUUGUUGUUGACGCCAGAUAAACCAUAACUUCCCAGUCCACGAGCUCCACGUCAAGACUAGAGCAAAGAAGUCAAGACUCAAAAGUGUUGUUAUGAUAAUAUAAAAGUUUAAUAUACUGUCGAUUUAACGCGAAAUUAACGUGUUUUCGCGUUAUCAGCUGCAGUUUAUCAAUUUAUCAUUAUGUAAAAAUAUUGUAAUAUCUUGAUUCUUGGUUCAGGGCGAAGUGAAAGCCCACAUUCGAACUGUGUUGUCCCACCAAUCACAGUCGACGAUUCAGAAACAUAAUCUUAAACUUUUCUUGUUCUCAAGUAAAAAAAUUAAAAAAUUUAAUAGACCCACUUAUAGCUAUCAACUAUAUAUGUAGGUGUUCAUACGGCGUAGAACUGCCGAGUGCCGAAGCAGCCCGCACUCCCACAGCUCACCAUUUUACAACUCAAAAUACACAAAGAUGAUUCGAUAAUAAUCGUUUUCAUUCGUAUCGUGAGGCCGCAAGGGUCACGUUUAUUUGAUAAGCUUCAAAUUUCAAUAUCGUAGGUCCGUCUCAGACUUCAAACCAGCGUUUCACGAUGAAGUAUUACAAAAUCGAAAUUAACAAGACCGAAUGGGAAGUACCCGAUAGGUAUCAAAUGCUCACUCCUGUUGGACUUGGUGCCUACGGCCAAGUUUGCUCAGCUGUUGACAAUCAGACGGGGCUGAAAGUUGCUAUCAAAAAACUUGCUAGACCAUUUCAGUCAGCGGUUCAUGCUAAACGUACCUAUCGAGAGCUUCGCAUGUUAAAACACAUGAACCACGAAAAUGUGAUUGGAUUAUUAGACGUGUUCACACCUGCAAAUACUAUGAAUAAUUUUAAUCAAUUAUAUAUGGUCACCCAUUUAAUGGGAGCUGACUUAAAUAAUAUCAUACGUACACAAAAAUUAUCUGAUGAUCAUGUCCAAUUUCUUGUUUACCAAAUUUUACGAGGUUUGAAGUACAUCCAUUCUGCUGGAAUAAUCCAUAGAGAUUUAAAACCAUCAAAUAUUGGUGUAAAUGAAGAUUGCGAGCUAAAAAUAUUAGAUUUUGGAUUAGCAAGACCAACUGAAAGUGAAAUGACUGGAUAUGUGGCUACCAGAUGGUAUAGAGCACCUGAGAUUAUGCUAAACUGGAUGCAUUACAAUCAGACAGUUGAUAUUUGGUCAGUAGGCUGUAUUAUGGCUGAACUUUUGACAGGAAGAACAUUAUUUCCUGGCACAGAUCAUGUGGAUCAAUUAACACGUUUAUUAGUUUUGUGUGGAACACCGUCCGAUGAAUAUUUAAAUAAAAUUAAAAGCUCGGAGGCAAAAAAAUAUAUACAGUCUUUACCGGUAAUGCCGAAAAAAGAUUUUGGUGAAGUAUUCAAAGGAGCUAAUCCAUUAGCAAUUAAACUGUUAGAAGAAAUGUUGGAAUUGGACGCUGAUAAAAGAAUGACUGCUGAAAAAGCACUUGCACAUCCAUAUCUGGCGCAAUAUGCUGAUCCAUCUGAUGAACCAAAUUCACCUCCAUAUGAUCAAAGCUUUGAAGAUAUGGAAUUAAAUGUAGAAAAAUGGAAAGAACUUGUUUGGGAAGAAGUUGUAAGUUAUGUUCCAUCCACACAAUUAGAAUCACCAUAAGUUACUUCAACACAAUUUCGAUGUCUUGUGUAAUUAAUUUUGCAGACUAUUGUGAGAAGAAUGCUCAGCUUCAUUAAAGUUUUAUUAAUGUUUAUAAUUACAUUUAUAGAUUAAUAUUUUGAUUAUUGUUACUGUUAAAUAAAUUCAUAUGCUUAUGAAUUUAAUUAAGAUAAUUUAGUAUGUAAUUAUAUACCAUUAAUUUUAUUUUAUAUAUAAAAUAUUUUCUAACAUAUUUUUUAACACGUAUUGUUUUAUUCUAUGCAAUAAUUAUAUUUUUGUUUUGUUUUUUUAAAUAAUACAUGUUUUUUAUUUCACAUUA